AUGUCUGACAUUGAGAUGGCGAACUCCGCAACCGCGGCCGCGGCUGCUUCCAAGACCGAGAGACUCCCCAUUACCGUCUCAAAGCCUUCCCCUUACACAUUCGAUCUUGGCCACCUGCUCGUCAACGACCCCAAUCCUCUCGAGCUCCCUGCGACUGAGAAGCUCAACGACUCUCUGAAAGCGACAGCCCGCGACGGCGUUCAAGUCCUGCUGAACCAGCUCCUGACCACCUGCGAGAUCAAGACCUCCGUCGCCGACGGCGUGCUGCUCACCCUGCCCGCACCCAACAUCCACCUCCCGCGCCACAAGCCGCUGCCCACCCCCAAGGCGCCCACGAAAUGGGAGCUGUUCGCCCGCAAGAAGGGUAUCGGCAAGUUCAACCAGAACCCCGGCAAGGCCGGUAUGGACAAGGAGCGCCGCAAGAAGCUCGUCUACGACGAGGCCACCGGCGAGUGGGUGCCGCGCUGGGGCUACAAGGGCAAGAACAAGGACGACGAGAACCAGUGGCUUGUUGAGGUCGAUGAGACGAAGUGGAAGAAGGAGGCGGAGGCUAAUGCCCAGGGAAGCUCCAUCCGUGGUAUGUCGCGGACUGAGCGCAAAGAGCGGAUCAAGCGCAAUGAGCGUAAGCAGCGCUCGAACGAGAAGAGAUCCAACCCUGCCCGUGAGAAGUAA